AUGUUGACACUUCUGGUUCUGCUCAGCCAGCUGCCCGCGGCCGCCGUCGCGCUGCCGCUCCGUGCGCGCAGUCGGGAGGGGCCCGGGCGUGCGGGCGACCAAGUCUUUAUGUCAAAAGAAGCAGCCAGCACUGUCAUGGGGAGACACCUGCUGUAUAACAGAUUCGACCUGGAGCUGUUCACGCCCGGCGACCUGGAGAGGGAGUGCACUGAGGAGCUCUGCAGCUACGAGGAAGCCAGGGAGAUUUUUGUAGAUGAAGACAAAACGAUGGCAUUUUGGCAGGAAUAUUCGAUUAAAGGACCAACCACAAAAUCAGGUGGUAACAGAGAGAAAAUUGAUGUUAUGGGCCUUCUGACUGGACUAAUUGCUGCUGGAGUAUUUCUGGUUAUUUUUGGAUUACUUGGUUACUAUCUUUGUAUCACUAAGUGUGACAGGCAAGGGCAUCCAGGUUCUUCAGCCACCUACGUGAGACGGGGCAGGCAGACUCCCUCCAUCAUUUUCAGAGGACCUGAGGAGGCUGUCUUGUCUCCAUCGCCACCUUCACUGGAGGACACAGGAUUACCUUCUUAUGAACAGGCAGUGGCACUGACCAGAAAACACAGCAUUUCACCGCCACCCCCAUAUCCUGGGCCAGCAAAAGGGUUUAGGGUAUUUAAAAAGUCUAUGUCACUCCCAUCUCACUAA